AUGGCACCUCAAGAUACCUACCUCGAUGAUGAGGAGGAGACCUGUCCUCUCUGCAUCGAAGAGUUCGAUCUUUCGGACAAGAACUUUCGGCCUUGUCCGUGUGGUUACCAGGUGUGCCAGUUCUGUUUCCACAACAUCAAGUCGAACAUGAAUGGUCUCUGCCCUGCCUGCCGCCGACCUUACGACGAGAAGACAAUACAGUACAAGGCCGUCACUGCUGAAGAGCAAGCAGAGUUUCGUGCCAACCUCCAAAAGUCUCGAAAGAAGCGCGCCGAACUGCAGGGCCAGAGGGAAGUCCAGAAACGCGAGUCCGAGAAAGAUGCACGCAAGAACCUUGUCGGCAUCCGUGUCGUCCAGAAAAACCUGGUCUACGUGACCGGUCUGACACCCACGGUCAAGGAAGACGAGCUGCUCAAGACCCUCCGACGUCCUGAGUUCUUUGGCCAGUACGGCAACAUCCAGAAGAUAUCCAUCAGCAACCGAAAAAAUCAGGAAGGCCAAAAUCAAUCCCUGGGCAUCUACGUUACCUUUGAAAAGAAGGAGGAUGCGCAGCGCUGCAUCCAAGCAGUCAACGGCUCGCAGAACGGCGAUCGCAUUCUCAAGGCGCAACUGGGCACGACCAAAUACUGCUCCGCCUGGUUGAGACAUGAGCAGUGCACCAACCGUCAGUGCAUGUUCCUGCAUGAGCUCGGUGAAGAGGAGGACAGCUAUACGAGGCAGGACCUUUCGUCCCUGAACAGCAUGCAGACGCACCGUACCGGUGGCAACGCAGGGCCAUCGUCAAGAUCUGCAUCCCGACAACAAGGAGCCCAACCCCAGGCCCAAGUCCAAUCCCAGUCGUAUUUGCCCUCUCAACCCAUGGCCCGCACCUCUAGCAAGGAGGGCUCCGAUGCGGGAGAGGGUCCUGCCCUUCCCGCCUCUGCAAACUGGGCCCGCAAUCCACAACAACGCAGCCGGCGCGGCAGUCAUGCCACUAGUGGUGCAGCAUCAAGCCCGGCCGUUUCCAUGUCUUUGCCGGUGACAACUGAAGCAACGGAGGAGGCCGUCGAGGUCCUGCCUCAAGAGGAGGCUCCCGGCCCCGAGGAAGCUCCCCCAGCUGAGAUUGCGACCAACACAGCGGCCCUCGAGGCCCCCAAACCGGAACAGCACCCUGCCGACAUCGCGUUGAGGGAGAUGCUUCGAAUUUUGGGCGCCGGCGAAUUGAGGCUGAGACCUAUCAGCCCUGACAAUAGCUGCCCUCCCUUGUUCGAUCCACGAGGUGGUGAGAAGCGCCGGGCGAUGCGAGAGGAGGAGGAACGACGCCUCGACGGAGAGCAAGACGAGCAGGGAGAGCCUAUGGACCUGUCAGAGGGUGAGCCUGAGAGCGGCAGUCUAGCAUUAGGCGGAGAGCCCGAGGAUCGCGAUCACGGUCGUGAGGUGCAGGCCUUCGAGCAACGUCGUGUCAUCGCCCAGCCACCCAUCUCGCGAUCCAGUACUGAUGGACUUUACGGGCCAGGCAUUGCUUCUGGGUUCAGUCAGCAAGGCGCACCCGGCGUCGCGGCGGCUCUCGGCAAUCGCACCCUGACUCCACAGCAACAGGCUUACCUGCGUCCGCAGCGCAGCUUCACCGACAGCCUGCCUCCUGGUAUCACUCCCUCUCCGUCAUCGCUUUUCCAGGGUCAGGGACACAGCCGCCAGACUUCUCGUUUUAACUUCGGCUCAGACACGCAGACAUCUGCUGCCAACACCUUGAAGAUGGCGACGAACCCUCGUCUCAUGGCUCAACAGGCCUCCAACCCCGCCUUUCACUCUCAGCCUACCGGUCCGUACUAUUCUUCCAUGCCUGGCCCUCCACCAGGGCUCAAGUCUACCGGCACGCCGCCCAACAUGUUUGGUCAGGGCGGAUCGUUUGGAAACUCGGGGUUCGGUGCCAAGGACAACAAUGAGGUCUUGCAAAACUUGAUCCGCGGACGGACUGCUGGCGUCGGCCAGGCUCAUGAUGCUAGCAAGCGUGAGUUUAUGUUCCCUACCUUUCCCUACCACCAGUACCCACCCUCCACCUCCUCCACCCCAGCUCCUGCUACCGCCGGCCUCAUGGCAGCGCUCUAUCCCAAUGGAGCCCACCAAGAUAUCGGUGCCAAGCAGAAGAAGAAGGGGAAGAAGCACAGGCACGCUAACACUUCCUCCUCUGGGGGAGGUGGCUUAGUUGAUCUUGCGGACCCGAGUAUACUGCAGGCGAGAAUCCAGCACCAUCAACAGAGCAAUGCCGGAGUCGGUUCGGCGGGACUGUUCGGUGGCCAGGCUUCAGGUGGGUACAACCCAAAUGUGUUGUACAACAACACGACACAGUACCGCGGGUGGUAG